AUGACGUUGAUGUCGUGGGUUCCCUGGACGCUACUGAUAGCGCUAUUGCCGACCAAUGCGACUGAGUUGCUACAAGAUGAUGCACAGCGCCAGCAUUUCCACGAGGAGCUAAUGCGAGUUACUAAAGUUUAUUCGAAAAUGCUACUGUUUUGGGCUUAUCGCGCCACUCAGAUCUUCGCCGCGAUCUCGUUUCUCUUUAUCAUGGCAUCGCUUUUCUACGCAGUGCUUUAUUUCCUUGUCAUUCCGUCUAGAUUUCACGAACAGGAUAUCUUUUUUCACUACGGCGUGCACCACAAGGAUAUGAAUAAGUACAUGACUUUCAUGCCUACUGUACCAAAGGCGUCGCUUAAUUUGCUGGACCCGAAUCACCAAUGGCAGUCACUCAUCUCGACACACAAGAAAACUACACAGCCGGUUUUAGUCCCUGGCGUGAAGUAUGACGUAAUUGUGGAGCUAAUUGUGCCUGAGUCACGAACCAAUGUGGACGUUGGUAUGUUUAUGGUGUCGACUACGCUUUUUAAUGAUCAGGAAAAGGAGCUUGCUACAAGCGCUCGACCUGUGACGCUGCACGAUAUGCCGCUGCCUGUGCGCUGGCUUAAAUUGGCAUUUUGGGUUGUGCCGUACACUUUAGGCUUCUCAGAGCCAGCUCAAACGCUGCGCGUGACAAUGAUCAAUGGAUAUGAAGAAAGCGUCGAGUUUCCGCUGACGCGUGUGGACAUUGAGCUGAACACGCCAGAGCUGCAGGUGUACUCAGCCAAGCUUACAGUGAUUGCACAGCUGACAGGUCUUCGUUAUCUGAUGUAUCAUUGGGCAGUACCGACAGCGCUGCUGUUCAUUUUGAACAUCGUAUUUUUGGAGUCGCUGGCGCUAGUGAUUCUGUACGCGGUGUAUGCAAUUCCACAGCUGAGCGAAGAAGCAAUCGUUGAUUCUGCAGUGCUGGAAGUCACAGCUGCCGAUGCGCGUGAAAAGGCAAAGAAUUUGUUUGAGACGGAAUUGCCGACCGAAACAGACGUCAUGACUGCCGAAAAGAUCGAGACGCUUAUUGGUGACAGGUCAUUUUCCUCAGCUGAUGUAGGAGAGCCUCUGAUGACGACUGAAAAUACUACCGAAAAUUCUGACAAUACGCAUGAGGACAAGGUGGAAGUGAAGAUGGAGCCUGCUGUUAAUUCGAUGUAA